AUGAUCGGACAAGCGAUAGGCAUCCCAAUAAGAGUGGACCGAGCAACGGAAUUGGGAGCUAGGGGAAAGUUUGCUAGAGUAUGUGUGGAGGUCGACUUAAUAAAGCCUCUCCUAUCUCAGUUUAAGAUUGAACGAGUGACAUAUUUAAUACAAUAUGAGGGGAUUGAAAAUAUAUGUAGUAAUUGCGGUAUGUAUGGGAAGAAGGUGCACCAAUGUCACUGUCAAAAUGGCAUGCAAACGGGAGAGGAUGAAGAUAUGCAGGGAAGGGGACAAGAGACUCCUCCGACUAACCCUACUGAAGGGCAAGUGUAUGGGAAGUGGAUGACGGUCCGUAAAAAGCGACCGAUUCGGAGAGAAGUCUCACCCCCGCUGACGACGAGAAAAGGAGGAGUAGGGGAUGAUAGGGGAGGCCGGUUCCACGUGCUGCAUGGCUAUGGGGAUGACGUUGAGGGUGGGGAGAAAGGGCACCAGGUUGCAAAUGAAAAGCUCCAAACAAGAAAAUCUGCAGUGGCGGGGAAGAAUGAUCGAUAG